UCAAUUAAUUUGCGUUCAUCAUCCGAAGCCGGUAGAUGCGUAUGGAGUUCUAAUAAUUUUACCGAAAGUAUUAUAUUAACAAAACAUAAUUGGGGAAUUCAACACCUCAACUGAAAUUGUGAUUACAGUUAAAUAAAUAGUGAUCGAACAAAGUGGAGAUAUAAUGCACAGAUUAUUAGUAAUUCUAUGCCUUUCUGUGGCAUUGGUUGCUGGAGGAGAGCAAGAUGUGCUGGAAUUGACUGAUGAUAAUUUCAAUGCUGUGCUAAAAGAGCACGAAACCACACUGGUUAUGUUUUAUGCGCCAUGGUGUGGGCAUUGUAAAAGACUGAAGCCAGAGUAUGCAAAAGCAGCAGAAAUUGUGAAGAAUGACGACCCUCCUAUUGCUUUGGCAAAAGUUGACUGUACAGAGGCCGGAAAAGAAACAUGCGGUAAAUUCUCAGUCAGCGGUUAUCCCACACUUAAAAUAUUCCGCGGCGAUUCAGUUUCGCAAGACUACAGUGGUCCUCGUGAGGCAAAUGGUAUCGUGAAGUACAUGAGGGCUCAAGUUGGACCUGCUUCUAGAAAUAUUAAGUCGCUCAACGAAUUUAAUAAUUUCCUUGACACGAAGGAUACAACUGUUUUCGGCUUUUUCGAAGAUCCAGAUGUAGCCCUAGCUAAAUUGUUCCUCAAAUUUGCUGAUAACAAUCGCGAGAAAUAUCGUUUUGGCCAUAGUAGCGAUGCUGACGUGCUGGCUAAAUUUGGAGAAACUGAAAAGAUUGUGCUUAUCCGUGCACCACAUCUGGCCAACAAAUUCGAGGAAUCGACUGUUAAAUUUGAGGGAUCAACUGAACCUGAAUUAAGUGCGUUUAUUAAGGAGAAUUUCCAUGGUUUAGUCGGCCAACGCACUCAGGAUACAGUACGCGAUUUCAAAAAUCCACUUAUUGUUGCAUAUUACUCAGUUGAUUAUGUAAAGAACCCUAAGGGCACAAAUUACUGGCGCAAUCGUGUUCUCAAAGUAGCAAAAGAAUUUAUUAAUAAAGCGUCGUUUGCUAUUAGUGCAAAGGAUGAUUUCCAACAUGAAUUGAAUGAAUAUGGUUAUGAUUUCGUUGGUGAUAAACCAGUCAUCCUUGCACGAGACGAAAAGAAUCUCAAAUAUGCACUGAAGGAGGAGUUCUCUGUUGAAAAUCUCCGUGAAUUUGUUGAAAAGUUGCUUGAUGGCGAACUUGAGCCAUACGUAAAGUCUGAAGCCAUUCCCGAAAAUAAUAACGCUCCGGUAAAAAUUGCGGUAGCGAAAAACUUUGAUGAAGUAGUAUUAAAUAAUAACAAAGAUACAUUGGUUGAAUUCUAUGCACCAUGGUGCGGACACUGUAAGAAAUUGGCGCCAGUAUUUGAUGAGGUUGCCGAAAAAUUGCUGGAUGAAGACGUAGCACUAGUAAAAAUGGACGCUACUGCCAACGAUGUACCACCGGAAUUCAAUGUCCGCGGUUUCCCGACACUUUUCUGGUUGCCUAAAGAUGCCAAAGAUAAGCCUGUUGCUUACAACGAAGGCCGUGAAGCUGAUGACUUUAUAAAAUACAUCGCCAAACACUCUACAGAGGAGCUUAAGGGCUUUGAUCGUAGCGGCAAACCGAAGAAAACCGAACUGUAGAAGUUAAAGCUGAGAUUAGUUAAAAUCGCGAUAUGAGAAUUUGAAUGUGUUUAAUGCAUAAGCGCGGCAAUUAAAAUGUCAGAUUUUUCCAUUACAUAAGUUUAAACAUUCUGUACACAUCUAGUUCGCUAGUAACGGACGCCUAAUGAGAUGUACUCCUUUCAUUUAAGCAUAACGGUUAGUUAUCAAAUAUUUUUUCUAAUUUCAAUAAAACAUAUUGAUAGGAAAGAACGUA